CCGCUCCCGCUCCCGCUCCCGCUCCCGCUCCCGCUCCCGGUGCUGUUCCCGGCGCUGAUCCCGGUGCUGCUGGCGGCUGCCGCCACGGCGCGGCUGUACCGACCCGGGCACGACCCGCUGACCGUGCUGACGGCCGGCUCCGUGCGGCCGGCGCUGCUCAACUCCUCGGCCGCCUGGGUGGUGCAGUUCUACAGCUCGUCCUGCGGCCACUGCAUCGCCUUCGCGCCCACCUGGCGAGCGCUGGCGGGGGACGUCAAAGACUGGGAAUCUGCAAUUAGAGUUGGAGUGCUGGAUUGUGGGGAAGAAGGGAACUACGAGACGUGCAAAGAAUAUGGGAUUCACUAUUACCCAACUUUUAGGUACUUCAAAGCAUUUACAAAGCAGUUUACAACUGGAGAAAAUUACCAAGGAGCAGAUCGAGAGCUGCAAACAGUUCGUCAGAUGAUGAUUGACUUCCUGCAGAACCAUUCCCAGGAGGUGAGACCUCCUGCCUGCCCACCACUGGAUCCAGUGCUGUCCAGUGAUGUUACAUCUCUUUUUGACAAGAACAGCCACCACUAUACAGCCAUUGUGUUUGAGAGCAACAGCUCCUACAUUGGCCGAGAGGUUAUCUUAGACUUGAUCCAGUAUGAAAACAUCGUGGUGAGGAGAGCGUUGAAUUUUGAUAAACCUUUCCUGGAGAAACUGGGGGUCACCUCAGUCCCCUCGUGCUACCUGAUACAGCCCAAUGGCAGCCAUGGGUUAAUUAACAAUUUGAAGCCUCUACGGUCUUUCUUUUCUUCAUAUUUAAAGUCACUGCCAGGUGUAAGGAAAAAACUCCUUUUGCCACUCCAGCUGCCUGCUCCAGAAAACAAAGAGGAGAGCACAGAAAUCAAGGUGUGGAAAGAGUUUGAUAAGUCCAGGCUGUACAUGGCUGACCUUGAGUCGGGAUUGCAUUUCCUGCUCCGGGUGGAGCUCGCCACGCACAAGGCACUCGAGGGAGCUGAGCUAAAGACCUUCAAGGACUUUGUCACCAUCUCUGCCAAGCUUUUUCCUGGCCGUCAGCCUGUGGUGAAGUUGUUAGAGACCUUGCAGGAGUGGCUGGUGAGCCUUCCAUUAGACAAAAUCCCUUAUGAUGCUAUCCUGGAUCUGGUCAACAACAAAAUGCGGAUUUCUGGGAUAUUUCUCACCAGGAAAGUCCAGUGGGUUGGCUGCCAGGGCAGCAGACCAGAGCUGAGGGGCUACAGCUGCUCCUUCUGGAAGCUGUUCCAUACCCUCACUGUUCAGGCUGCACUGAGACCAAAAGCUUUGAUAAACACAGGUCUUGAGGACAACCCCCAGAUUGUGCUGCAGGUCAUGAGGAGAUACAUCCAGCACUUCUUUGGGUGCAAGGCUUGUGCUCAGCACUUCGAGGAGAUGGCCAAAGAAUCCAUGGAUUCCGUGAAAAGCUUGGACCAGGCUGUUCUGUGGCUGUGGGAGAAGCACAACGUGGUGAACAACAGGCUGGCAGGUGAUUUGACUGAAGAUCCAAAAUUUCCCAAAGUUCAGUGGCCAACUCCAGACAUUUGUCCUGCAUGUCAUGAAGAAAUCAAAGGGCUGCACAGCUGGAAUGAAGACCAAGUUCUGCAGUUCCUCAAGUCCCACUACAGCAGUGAAAAUAUUCUCUAUAAAUACACCGAGAGCCAGGCUGACCCCAGUGACAACGAGCAGGGAGACACAAGAGAGGUGAAAGACAAAAGCCUGCUGAAGAAUCCAGGGGGAAAUGGAGAAAAUAAGCUCCAGGAUAAGGAAAACCCAGUAGAUUCAGGCUCCAGGGUGUUGGAGAAGCCAGUGGGAAAUCCUGGAGCUGUCCAAGGUAGCGGGAAAAACGCGGCCGCAUCCGUGAACCUCAAAGGGACGAGGCAGGCUGUGUCCUUCCUAGGGAUUGGAUUUUCCAACCUAGACAUGAGUCUGUGUGUCAUCCUCUAUGUGGCAUCCUCCUUGUUUUUAAUGAUCAUGUACUUUUUUUUCCGGAUGAGAUCCAAGCGCUGGAAAGUGAAGUAUUAUCGUUCCUCGGUGUAGGAGUUCUCGUUGUACGUGGCUGUUCAGUCCCAGACACAGCUUUAAUAUUUAUGAUCAGGGAUUUUAUAUGCAGUAUUCCUUGUUCCAGACCCCUUUCUUCCCGAGGCAUUUCCCAGGUGUUCAGCUGAACAGGUGGAGCUGGCCUUGAGAUCCCCAGGCUGUGCCCGAGGCCACGUCAAUGUCCUCGCAAGGGAGCGUUGCAUUUGUCAAUUAAGAUUUUUCCAUGACUUCCCACCAACAUCCUUUACUCAUUUCCAGAGUAAACAUUGCAUUAUGCAAUCCACUGUGCCUGCUGGAGAAGGAAAUUGGAUAUUGUUUUGUGUAUUUUCAAGUCAGGUGUUACUUUUUUUUUAAUUUAUCCAGAGCUGAUUUCACCUCCCCGAGUGCUGAACGGUUCCUCUGAGUGGUACCUUGGCUGCUUCAUUGGGAGAAGCAGGAAUUCUGAUUUUUUUUUUUCAGGAAACAAGAGUUCUCUUUCUGGUUAAAUCAAUUUAAACCUCUAUGACUUUCUGAAAAGUUAUUUACAUGGCAUAUUUGAAGUAGGAAGCAUUCCAUGUUCCAGUCGUUCAUCCAUCCUCUGGUGCAUCCCAGCCAAGGAUCUGUGUGUGCCAUCACUAGGAUGAGAGUUUUGCAGCACAGUGAGCAGCCUGACUCUGACUGCUAAGUAAUUAUGGUGUUACCCAGGUGGAAGCCAAUCCUGAUGAAGUCUAGGAAAGGAAAACGAUGCUUUUAGUGAAGGACAGCAAGAUUUGUGUUACCAUGGCAGAACAGAUGGAAAAAUCUGCAAACACUGAGUUUCUUCUGUCGAAUUUCUCCAUCACAACAGGGCAAUUAACACUUCCCUUGGUAUUUCCAGCUCUGAGCUCACUGAGUGUCAGGGGUAAAGCUGUCUGUGCAGUGCAGAGAACAGCCCUUCCUCCAUCCCUGCUGCUGGAGUGCCCUGCUGGGAUCAGGAAGGUUCCCUAAUGGGUAAGGCCCAGAGCUGCCCCGUUCUGGGAUGUGGCAGUUCCCUCUACAGGUCAGUCUGGGGUCCUUGGGGCAGCAGUGAGAAGAAGCCAUGAAAACGUUACAAAAUCAUCCUUGGGAGUAGGAGUUGCUGUGAUCCUGGCUGGGGGGGGAUAAUUCACGUCCUGGAUAGUGAAGUUUAUAAUCCUAUCCAAUGUAAUUGAGCAUGUUCUAGUUAUCCAUUACCUAAUCUUUAGCUAAUCCUAAUAGGUUUUGGCCUCAAUGUUUUCUCGUGGCAGUGAGUUCUCCAGAUUAAUUAUGUUAUAUAAAAAGGCUUUUCCUUUCAAUUCUGCAUUUGCAACUUUUAAUUUAAUUGAAUGUUUGCUGGCUCCUCUGUUACACGAGAAGGAAUAAGGAGUCCCUGGCCAAUUCCCUGGAUUUUACCAUUGGUGUGUCCUCCUCUGAUUUCCCUUAUAAGCCCCAGCAGAGAAAGUUUGAAGCCUGGCAACAAAAAAGCACAAAAACUCCACAGGAUUAUUUUUUCGCAAUCAGAUGUUGGUUGUUCACAAAAUGGAGUAUUUCUGCUGUGUCUCUGCAGCAUCCAGUUGGAAUAACAGAACUGAGCUGCAGAGAUUCACUGUCCCUUGUAGCUUAUCAAAAUAACACCCACAUAGAGGAACAACUUUCUGGGGGUGUUGUGGACGUGUCAGAGGCAAAAAUCUCGGUUCACAUGACUGUGUCAGUCCAACAUUCCUGCAGAGGUGCUGGGUCUGUGCUCUUUGAGGACCCUCACAGUUCCAGAGUUCUGGCACAAGGAGCCAUCCUGGGCCUUGUCUCUUCAGGAAUUUAUGACUCCCUAUCAUUAGAGCACCUGGGCUUGGAUAUGCAAACACCCUGCAAGCAUGAGAGGGAUGGUGAGCCCGUGGGGAAGGGGAGUCCAGGCUCAUCAGGGCCCUUGGGUUUGGGCUGGAAUCCAGUGAGAGGAAUCCGUUCAGAGGAAAACCUGGAGAUUCCACAUUUAGCGUUGAAAAUCAGGUAACUUUUGGGAGGCCUAAUCUGGGCAGGUGUUCCCAGCCCACCAGCAAGGACACUUAGCUUUAAAAGCAAAUCCAAACACCAGGAAGACCGAACCCAGCACAGCAAUGCUGGAUCUGGAAAACUGGGCCAGUUUAUUCCUGCUGUCAGUAUUGUUGCACGUUCUCAAGUUGACAUUCAGUCAUUACUGCUGUUGUUUAGAAUUCUACCAAACACACAGACCUGGUUUCAUUAGCUUUGACUCAUUCUGCUCUUUGUCGUCUGCACAUGAAAGCAAAAGACUUUGGAAAGUUGUAGGGAUGAUUUUGCCAUUAAAAAGCAAGUGUGGGUUUAGAAUAAUGGAGGGGUUUUGCUACACACAUUUAACUUCCACAUUGCUGUGACACAACAAAAAUGAAUCAACACUCAAACUUCAGUGGAUUAUUUUUGUCUCUUCAGAGUAUAAAAGUGUGAAAUUAGGAUGUUGCUUGCCUGUGUUGGUGCUCCAGCUCUUGCCAGUGAACCAGCCAAGGCUUUCACUUCAAUGUCCUCAUCUAGGAAGGUUUUCUUGACUUUGAAUUCACUUGUGUAAACUUGGUUUGCUUGGUUUUAUUUUCUGUAUUUUCUAAUGACAAAUUAUAUCAUUUUAUGUCUCUGUAAUGAUCCAGUCUGUGCUGGGGGAUGAGUGAUGCUGCCAGGAAAGUGUUUCUGGUUUAAAAAUUGCCUCCAAGCCCCAUCUCCUCAAUUUUGAAGGGUUUAUUUGUGCGGUGUGUUGUCCGCAGAGGUUCCUGCAAUGCCACUUCCCUGGGGGGAUCGUGCUGUGCUGGGGGCAGCCAGCUCCAAGAGGGAUUUCUUGGCCCUUUGUAAUUCAUGGAGCUUUCCUUGCUCUCGGGAUGUUUUCAAACAGGAAAUAUUAAAAUAAAAGGAGUAGAAUGUGCCAGGAGAGACAAAAGCUGCAAGUGCUAAAGAAACCUGGUGAAGUUAUUUGUGAGAAUUCCUGAUUUUCUGUUUCCAGCAGUAUAUCCAUCCUGCUGUUCCUGCACAGAACUGGAUGGGAACGAAGGUCCCAGGUGUGUUGUUGCACAUGAGGUGUUGAAAAUAGUGACGAUACCAUUUCAGUAAUUUAAAUGUUCUAUUUAUUUGAAGUCAUUAACUUGACAUUUCCAAGUCUGUUCUGGUUUGAUUGGGUUUUUAUUGUCUCGUUCCUCUCUUGGAAGGAAAAGUGACUGUUUUGUACUAAAUUGUAAAUUAAUGUGCUUGUUUAAAAUAAACUGCAAACGUUUGGGCAAAGUG